GUAUGGAGCGAAACAGGAUAAAGUGUACGAGUUAUACCCAGGACCUGAGGACCCGCAGGUCAGGACUCAGGUCUUCAAGAACAGUCUUCGUGCCCUUGUUGUCAGACAUCCCUUCACCAGGAUCAUCUCUGCUUACCGGGACAAGAUGCUGAAGAUGAUCCCUCGACCAACAGAGCAUCGCUUCAGAGAACUGCAGCUUGACAUCAUUGCCAAGUACAGGAAGAACAACACAGAGACUUCGGUCUUCCCAACCUUCCCAGAGUUUGUGCAGUACAUCAUAGAUAGCACUAGAGACUUACACACUGCAAGUGACUGGGUUAAUAAAGUGAAGUGCUGGACACCUUACUGGGCCCACUGUAACGUGUGUGCCUCUGACUACAACAUUGUGCUCAAGUUGGAGACCUUACAGAAGGAUGAGAAGUUCUUCAUCACCCUCGCCAACAUGACAGAGCUCAAGAAAGUAAGUUCAUCCAUGUUCUGA